ACUAUAAUGAGAGGAUUAAUACGUCACCCAAAGAGAAAGUUUAAAACCCUCCGAGAGUACCUGAACAGCCCCUCCUAAAACAACAAGAGACCAAGAGCCACAUCAGACGCACGCGUUCCUGUCGAAGAAAGAGCAGCAUUUUCUUUGCAAGCUUCGGGUUUUGUGUGGAUUAUGGAGAGUUGUGUUUGUGUACUUCUGCUGUUUGUGUGGGUUUGUGUCCCGACACUUUUAAACGCAGAAUCUCGAGAGGCUCCUCGCGCGCAACAGGCAGGUGCGCUGCGAGCGCGGACGCGAUGGACGAAUAACGGACGCGUUUAUCAGCUGCUCAGUGCCGGAUCUGAGUACGCGCCACCGCGCCGAAUAGAGACGAACCGCAGAGCGCCAGUAGUCGCUCAGAACACGAGCUCUCCAAACGCAUUGGGCGCAGACGACAUAAUGAUCGGAGAUGACCCGUAUGAUCCUUACAAAUCCUACCGGAAUAGUCCAUAUAAUCCCUACUACAAUUACUAUGACUCCUACUACAGGCAGAGAAGCGCACAGAGACAUCACGGCUAUGGAACCAGAUAUUUCCAAAAUGGGCUUCCAGAUCUCGUGAUGGACCCUUAUAUGAUCCAGGUGUCCACGUAUGUCCAGAGGGUUUCCAUGUACAGUCUCAGAUGUGCUGCUGAGGAAAAGUGCCUGGCGAGUUCAGCUGCUCACGCACAUGACUAUGACACCAGAGUUUUACUGCGCUUUCCACAGCGUGUGAAGAAUCAGGGCACUGCAGAUUUUUUGCCCAACAGGCCACGACACGCGUGGGAAUGGCACAGCUGUCACCAACAUUAUCACAGUAUGAAUGAGUUUUCCCAUUACGACCUGCUGGAUUCAAGCACACAGAAAAAAGUUGCAGAAGGUCAUAAAGCCAGUUUCUGUCUGGAGGACACGAGUUGUGACCCAGGAUACUACAGACGGUACGCCUGCACAUCCCAUACACAGGGUUUGAGUCCUGGAUGUUAUGACAUUUACAGCGCAGACAUCGACUGCCAGUGGAUUGAUAUUACAGAUGUUCAGCCUGGGGAAUACAUUCUCAAGAUUACUGUUAAUCCAGGUUACCAGAUAUCAGAAUCAGACUUCAGCAAUAAUAUUGUCCGCUGUGACGUCCACUACACCGGUAACUAUGCUCACGUGUCUGGAUGCAUCAUGUCUGCACAUUAGGUGAACAGGUGCAGAGGGUGAACAUAAAGCCUCAUCUGGCUCUUGAUGAUGACAUCAACAUCAGUUCAAUCCAUUAUCAGCUACUGUCAAUGAAAAUAUCACUGCAUGUGACAACAUCAACUUUUGUGCAUCUAAUCGUUUAGAUUCACAUCCCUGUAAUGUAAUCUUGUCUUUAUUAUUGUAAGACAAUCUAGCUGUAGUCAGAAUGUUUAUAUCUUUGAAAUCGUCAUAGAUGUUUUAAUCUCAAUAGUCAUUUUCUUACAGGUUUUUUACGAUUGCUUAAGCACAUUUUUAAAAACAAGGCUCAUUUUAUAAGUAUAAGAAGACUUCAGAUCUUUUGCAAAUCAAAAUGUAAUAAAACCAAAAAGCAUUACAAAAAUGUAAUAAAACUAUAUUUUGUCACCGUAUGGCACACACCUGAUUUAUGCAAUCUGAGUUUGAAACACUUACACACUGCGCUGCUCUAUAUUACAGGGUUAUGUUUCAGUCAAUACUGAAACCACAUUUUCAAAACUUUUCACACAAUGUUGGUCAAACAGUUAAUCUCACCUCCAAAACUCACUCAGAUCAACAUAACACAGACAACAAUUCUCAUUCAGAAAACACACAUUACAUUCACAACACACUGACCUACAAAACACUAACAACAAAAAGAGCUACAUACAUGAUCAACUUUUAUUUUCCCCCCCUUUAUUUAAAGCAUUUGUAACAAGAAUGAUUCAGAAAUUAAUCAAAAUGUCUUUUUUAUAUGAAUAUAGUAUUUGAAAAUUAAAGCAAAAAGGUGAAAAGAGAGGGAAAAAUAACUCCAGUGCUGUAAUGAUAGUAAAAAAGAUUAAAUAAAA